GUCUCCUCUCCUCUGUCUCUCUGCUCUCUUCUCUCAUCAUUUCAUCCCUCAGCCAGCUCAAAUCCUCUGAUUAGUCCUUGACUGCACAGCACAGCACAGGAUGUCGAUAGUGAUCAUUGUUGCCAGGGAGAUCCUGGACUCCAGGGGGAACCCCACAGUGGAAGUGGACCUGCACACUGACAAAGGUGUCUUCAGGGCAGCUGUGCCUAGCGGAGCGUCUACUGGCAUCUAUGAAGCCCUGGAGCUGAGAGACGGAGACAAAAGCCGCUACAAGGGCAAAGGUGUGCUCAAGGCUGUUGGUCACAUCAAUGACACCAUUGGUCCUGCCCUCAUCCAGUCGGAGGUCAGUGUGGUAGAACAGGAGAAACUGGACAAGAUGAUGAUAGAGAUGGACGGCACUGAGAACAAGUCUCAGUUUGGGGCCAAUGCUAUUCUGGGUGUGUCCUUGGCCAUAUGCAAAGCUGGUGCUGCAGAGAAAGGUGUCCCCCUGUACCGUCACAUUGCUGACCUGGCAGGAAACACAGAGCUAGUGCUUCCAGUUCCUGCAUUUAACGUCAUCAACGGGGGCUCUCAUGCGGGCAACAAGCUGGCCAUGCAGGAGUUCAUGGUACUUCCUGUAGGGGCGGAGUCUUUCAGGGACGCUGUGCGUGUGGGGGCGGAGCUGUACCAGACGCUGAGGGAAGUGAUCAAGGAGAAGUAUGGCCAGGACGCCACCAACGUGGGGGACGAGGGGGGGUUCGCCCCAAACAUACUGGAGAACACUGAAGCCCUGGAGCUCAUCAAGACAGCCAUUGAGAAGGCAGGUUUCACAGACAAGGUGGUGAUCGGGAUGGACGUGGCAGCCUCUGAGUUCUACAAAGAGGGCAAGUACGACCUGGACUUCAAGUCUCCGCCCAACGCAGACCGCCACAUCAGCGCCCAAGAGCUCUGCGACAUGUACCAGGGCUUCGUCAAUGACUACCCAGUGGUGUCCAUUGAGGAUCCGUUUGACCAGGAUGACUGGCCGGCCUGGUCCCAGAUGACAGCCUCCGUGGGUAUCCAGGUGGUGGGGGACGACCUGACCGUCACCAACCCCAAGAGGAUAGAGCGCGCCCUGGAGGAGAGGGCCUGCAACUGCCUGCUGCUCAAAGUCAACCAGAUCGGCUCUGUCACCGAAGCCAUUCAGGCGUGUAAGUUGGCUCAGGAGAAUGGCUGGGGGGUGAUGGUGAGCCACCGCUCAGGUGAGACAGAGGACACCUUCAUUGCUGAUCUGGUGGUGGGCCUCUGCACUGGACAACUCAAGGCUGGAGCUCCCUGUCGAUCAGAGCGGCUGGCCAAAUACAAUCAGCUCAUGAGGAUUGAGGAGGAGUUAGGGGAUCAGGCUCGCUUCGCAGGGCACAACUUCCGGAACCCCGCCGCCCUCUAAGACUCCUCUGGGCUGACAGACACUGUCACAGAAUCACAGACAUACAUUACAUCACUGCAGGGCACAGACAGACAGACAGACUGACAUAGAUGGACAGACACAGAUGUACACAGACAGAUAUACAUAAAUACCUACAAUGAAUCCGACAGACGGACGGACGGACGGACGGAUAGAUAGAUAGACAGACAGACAGACAGAAGGUCGGACAGACAUAUGUUUGGAAGGAUAAAGAGACAGACAGACACAGACAGACAGACAGACAGACAGACAGACAGACAGACAGACAGACAGACAGACAGACA